AUGGUUGGUUCAGGUUUACGGUUAGGUUUUCGGCGUUUGAAUCGACGAUUAGCAUUAGAGUUUGAUGGAGUAUCUGAAAUUGGAUUUCAUAUACGAACUAUCCUUGCGGUCUCCGACCUCUUGCGUUCUAAUUUCUACUGCACGCCUUUCAUAAUUACCAAUUUGUCAUUUUCUUGUUUCUCUUCAGUUGCUUCUCCCGCCAAGUCCUCGGAUUCAAAUCCGUUCAUCGUCGAUUACCUGGUCAAAGCCUUCGGUCUGUCCAAAACUCAAGCACUUUCAGCUUCGAAGCUAAGGAUGGGGGCGAAAGACUCCAAAAAGCUCGAAUCCGUUGUUCUCUUUCUCCGACAGUUGGGAUUUUCGGAAGUUCAUGUUCGAGAUGCUGUGCGAUUUUCACCUCAAAUCCUAUUUGCAGAUAUCGAGAAGACCCUUAAACCAAAGCUCCAGUUAUUCCAAGAAAUAGGUCUCACCGGGUCCGAUCUAGGUCGGUUCAUUUCGAAGAACGCCUGUCUAUUAAACUAUAGCUUGGAUCGAAGUUUGACCCCUUGCGUGCAGAUGCUGAAGAAGAUCUUCUUUCUCAAUGGCGAUCACCGAGGCUUGAUUCUGGUUCUACAGAGAUGCAAAUGGGUCCUCUGCAGCGACUCAGAAGCUAGGCUGUUGCCCAACAUUUCGUUAUUGGAGAGCCAUGGGAUUGUUGGGUCUCAGCUCUUAACGCUCUUCAGGCGGCAACCAACGUUGUUUUUCAUGAGGUAA